UUGCAGUUGGCACCAAUUGGAUUCAACUCGAUUGACAGAUCCGAUAAAAAUAAAGGAAUCGCGUUAAACAACCUUUGCACAUCGAUCAUUUAUUUACUAAUCUACGAUCAUUAUCAUCGAUCUCGCUGCGGAAUUACGCCGUUUGGUCAGCUCAUUGGCAUUGUUUUAACUUGUUGAAGCAACAUGAACGAGAAAGUGACGAAGGCGAGGGCCGCCUACAUGGCGGGAAAGACACGGCCGCUUUGGUUCAGGAAGCAACAGCUGAAAUCGCUGAUGAGGAUGUACGAGGAGAACAUGGAGGAGAUAUGCACGGCGAUCUACAAGGAUCUACGUAAGUGCCGUACCGAGGUGAUGGCCAUGGAGAUAAAACUGGCGAUGAACGAUGUGAAGGAUAUGCUGGCCAAUAUGGACAAGUGGGCCGGGACAGAGACACCGGCCAGGAGCUUCCUGAACUGGCUGGACAGUACGUAUAUACUGAAGGAUCCGUACGGCGUGGUGCUCAUCGUUGGCGCCUGGAAUUAUCCGAUUCAGCUGUUGAUGGUGCCGGUGGCUGGCGCCAUCGCCGCCGGGAACUGCGUCAUCAUCAAGCCCUCCGAAUUGGCUCCGGCCACCGCGGAGUUCCUCGAGAAGACCAUCCCGAAGUACCUGAACAACGAUUGCUACUGCGUGAUCAACGGCGGUAUCCCGGAGACGACGAAGCUGUUGCAGGAGAAGUUUGAUUACAUCUUCUACACCGGCAGUUCGCAGGUGGGGAAGAUCAUACACAGAGCGGCCAACGAGAAUCUGACGCCCGUCACGUUGGAGCUGGGCGGUAAGAGUCCGGUCUACAUAGACAAGACCGUCGAUAUGGAUUUGGCUGUGACACGGCUGCUCUGGGGAAAGUUCGUGAACAUGGGUCAAACGUGCAUCGCACCCGACUUCGUGCUGUGCACUCCGGAGGUGGAGCGCGAGAUCCUGGCGAGGGCGCCCAAGAUCAUCGAGAAGUUUUACGGUAAGAAUCCGCAGGAUUCUCCGGAUCUGUCGAGGAUGGUGAACGAGCGACACUUCAAGCGCGUGGCGAAUCUGCUGCAGUCGGGAAAAGUAGCCUACGGCGGUCACAUGGACGCCAAGGACAAGUACAUAAGUCCGACUAUUCUGACGCAGAUCAAAGCUUCGGAUCCUGUAAUGCAAGAGGAGAUCUUCGGGCCGGUACUGCCCAUAGUCAACGUCAACUCGUUGGACGAAGCGAUCGACUACAUCAACAGCAUGGAAAAACCGUUGGCUCUGUACAUCUUCUCAAAGUCGGAGUCGACGGUGUGGCGGAUGAUGGAGUGCACGUCCAGCGGCAGCGUCUGCGUCAACGACACGAUCAUGCAGAUCGUCGCCGACAAUCUGCCAUUUGGGGGCGUCGGCAACAGCGGCAUGGGCAAGUACCACGGCCGCGAGACCUUCGACACGUUCACGCACAAGAAGAGUUGCCUCUACAAGAAUUUCAAUUCAAUAGGCGAGGCCCUCUCCUCUUGCAGGUAUCCUCCUUACUCUCAAAAGAAACUGGGUACUCUCCUCAAGUUGAUAGACCGCAGACCGGACCUUCCCUCGAUGGGUUUCCUCCGGUAUGUCGCCGCUUUCGGUCUGGGCUUUCUCGCCUCCAUCUAUUAUCAGCAGCACACGCAACACUAAAAUGAUAGCAUUUAUUUCCUUGAUGACAUCUCAGCAAAUAGUAUUCUUCGCUUUUUCUACUUUAAUAUCUAUACAUUAGAUUGUAAGCAAAAAUGAAUUUAUUAACUAUAGAAUAAAUUUGAAUAAAACAUAAUUAUUAAUCGUCAA